AAAUAAACGAGCACCUCGAAAACACCCUGUCUAAGCAAUACAACAAACAAACAGGAAGUAGCUGUAGUAGUUUCUUCUUCAAAAAGCGUCAACCAACAACACCACUCAAAAACUCAAAUUCAAUCCAAUUCAAUUCAUUUCAAUUCCCUCUGAAAUCAAAUCAAAUCCCCAGAAAUACCCAGAAUUCUCUUUCAUUCUUUCUCGUCCAAUUCUAACUGCAAAUAAAAGCUGUAAAAAUGGGGUUGCCAAUGCACCCAGUUGCAGGAGGAGCAGUAUCAAUGGAUACUUUAAGCUCUAAAGCAGCUUUAAUGCGGGAAUCACUUCAAAAGAGUCAAACAAUCACUGAUAAUAUUGUUUCAAUUUUGGGUUCUUUCGAUCACCGUCUUUCCGCCCUCGAAACCGCCAUGCGUCCUACCCAGAUUCGGACACAAUCAAUUCGAAGAGCUACUGAAAAUAUUGACCGGACUUUGAAGUCUGCUGAAGUGAUCUUGGCUCAAUUUGACCUUAGUCGUGAGGCUGAAGCCAAAGUACUAAAGGGGCCACAUGAAGACUUGGAAAGUUAUUUGGAAGCAAUUGAUCAACUAAGAGGCAUCAUUCGAUUUUUUGGUAAUUGCAAAGGCUUUAGGAAUAAUGAGGGGGUGGCCAACCAUGUAAACAGUUUACUGGGUAAGGCAGUUCUUAAGCUGGAGGAGGAGUUCAAACAACUGCUAUCAUUGUACAGUAAGCCUGUUGAACCAGAUCGCCUUUUUGAAUGCCUCCCUAAUUCGAUGCGACCUUCCUCUGGCUCUCAUGGAGAUCAGGCUGAUCCCAGUACCAAAAAUCAUGGUGAUUCUAAAACUUCAGAGAAUGCUGUCUACACACCACCUGCUCUUAUUCCUCCGCGAAUACUUCCUUUGCUGCAUAACUUAGCUCAACAAAUGGUUCAGGCAGGGCAUCAUCAGCAAGUACUCAAAAUUUACAGGGAUACCCGUGCCUCAGUCUUAGAGCAAAGCCUGCGUAAAUUGGGUGUGGAAAAGCUUAGCAAAGAAGAUGUUCAGAAAAUGCAGUGGGAGGUUUUGGAGGCUAAGAUUGGGAAUUGGAUCCAUUUCAUGCGCAUUGCUGUUAAACUUCUUUUCGCUGGUGAAAGAAAAGUUUGUGAUCAGAUGUUUGAAGGCAUUGAUUCUCUGAGGGAUCAAUGUUUUUCUGAUGUUACUGCAAGUAGUGUUGAACUGUUACUUAGUUUCGGAGAUGCUAUAGCCAAGAGUAAGAGGUCCCCAGAAAAACUGUUUGUGCUGCUUGACAUGUAUGAAAUAAUGCGAGAAUUGCAUUCAGAGAUUGAAUUACUUUUCAGCGGUAAAACUUGCGCAGAAAUGAGAGAAUCUGCUUUUGGUCUGACAAAGCGCCUUGCACAGACUGCGCAAGAAACUUUUGGUGAUUUUGAAGAAGCUGUUGAGAAGGAUGCAACAAAAACUGCAGUUUCUGAUGGAACUGUCCAUCCCCUGACUAGCUACGUGAUCAAUUAUGUGAAAUUUUUAUUCGACUACCAGUCAACCUUGAAGCAACUAUUCCAGGAGUUUGAGAAGGCAGAAGAUGCAAAUUCUCAGCUUGCCAGUGUGACUAUGCGGAUAAUGCAGGCUCUUCAAACCAAUCUUGAUGGGAAGUCCAAACAAUACAGAGAUCCUGCUUUGACCCACUUGUUUCUAAUGAAUAAUAUUCACUACAUUGUAAGAUCUGUACGCAGAUCUGAGGCAAAAGAUCUAUUGGGUGAUGAUUGGGUGCAAAGACAUAGAAGAGUUGUUCAGCAGCAUGCGAAUCAAUAUAAGAGAAUUGCAUGGGCUAAGAUUCUGCAAUCUCUAUCCACACAGGGUUUGACUUCAUCUGGGGGAGGGACUGGAAUUCCAUCUGAUGGAGGAAAUAGUAGUGGAGUAUCAAGAGCAUUAAUCAAGGACAGGCUAAAAACAUUCAAUGUGCAAUUUGAGGAGCUUCAUCAAAGACAAUCUCAGUGGACAGUGCCUGACACAGAGUUGCGUGAAUCUCUGAGACUUGCAGUUGCUGAAGUCUUGCUCCCUGCAUAUCGAUCCUUCGUCAAACGCUUUGGGCCUUUGGUUGAGAGUGGGAAGAACCCUUCAAAAUACAUCAGAUACACACCAGAAGACUUGGAAAGAAUGUUGGGUGAGUUCUUUGAGGGUAAGACUUUAAAUGAGCCAAAAAGAUAGUCAUGAUGUUAAGAAAUUUCUGUGUUAGUUCGGCUUCCAUGUAAAGUAGCCAGAGGAACAGCAGAACAUACAAAUGACUUUGAAUGUGUAUAUACUUGUUGAGAUGUUGAAAACUUGAAAUGGUGCAUCUUUUCUCAUGUUUUCUGACUUAGUAAGGGUGAAUUUAGUGGUUUAAAAUCUGAAAUAAGUUGUACUUUUUUUUUUU